GCCAAAAAGUUUUAUAAACAUAAUCUCCUUUCCUCUGCAGGCAAUUUGUGGGGCCAUCAAAAGCGCAAUGAAACUUUAUCUUGCUGAGUACACUGGCAGAUUUAAGUUGGACUCUUUGGAGUUUGAGAUCCUUAGCCUUGGAACUCUCCCUCCCUUGAUUGAUGGUAUUAAGGUCUACGAAUCGAAUGAGAGUCAGCUAUUUUUUGAGCUUGCCCUGAGAUGGGCUGGGAAUCCGAACAUGAUUCUGGCUGCGAAACUCUUAUCUGCGAAAGUCACUGUUCAGUUGAUUGAUUUACAAAUAUCAGCAGCACCAAGGAUAAUUUUGAGACCUAUUGUCCCAACAUUCCCAUGUUUUUCAAGUGUAGUAGUGUCAUUGAUGCAGAAGCCAAAGAUAGACUUCGGGCUGAAGGUCAUGGGAGGGGAUCUGAUGGCCAUCCCUGGGUUAUACCAGUUCGUGCAGGAACUUAUAAGCAAAGAAGCUGCUAAGCUUUAUCUCUGGCCACAAACGCUCGAAAUACCUAUACUUGACAACUCAAAAGCAAGAGUGAAGAAGCCUGUUGGGAUAUUGCGUGUGAAGGUUUUGAGGGCAUACAAACUCUUGAAAAAGGACUUUCUCGGAUCAUCUGAUCCUUACGUUCAACUUAGUCUUAGUGGAGACACGAUUCCUGCCAGGAAGACUUCCGUCAAGAUGAAUAAUCUGAACCCCGAAUGGAAUGAAGAAUUCAAGCUCUCAGUGAAGGACCCCUAUACUCAAGUUCUCGAGUUACGCCUCUAUGACUGGGAGAAGGUGGGGGCACAUGACAAUUUGGGAAUGCAAGUUGUUCCGCUGAAGCAGCUGACGCCAUACGAGAAGAAAGAGCUUACACUUGAUCUGCUCAAUAGCACAAAUAACAGUAGUGAUUCCCAUGACAAGAAGCCCCGAGGUCAAAUCAUGUUGGAGAUUACCUUUGUGCCUUUCCUAGAAGACAGUAAAAAGUUCAGCGGAGUCCCGGAUUAUGCUAGAAAUGGAAGUACUAAAGAAGCCCCUGCAGACAACUUGUCAGGUGCUGGUUUACUAUUGGUGACGGCAAUUGGUGCCGAGGACGUUGAGGGCAAAAACCACAAUAAUCCUUACGCUGUAGUCCUGUUCAAAGGAGAGAAGAAAAAAACUAAGUCGAUCAGCAAAAACCGGAAUCCCACUUGGAAUGAGGAAUUUCAGUUUGUGCUGGAGGAGGCUCCAUCCACGGAUCAGAUCCAUAUUGAAGUCCUGAGUAAGCGAAGAGGCAUUGGUUUCAGGUCAAAGGAAUCACUGGGGCAUGUUGAUAUCAAUCUUGCUGAUGUGGUGCAUAAUGGGCGAAUCAAUGAAAAGUACCAUCUUAUCAAUUCCCAGGAUGGUAAAAUACACCUUGAGAUUCAAUGGAAGGUUAUCUGAUAUUUGCUGCCUCCAUCGUAGUGUCAGUACUAAAGUACAGAUUUGAACUUCUUUGUGCCCAAUUUUGCAUUCUUCAAUUGUACAUAUAUGUAAGAAAGGAUAUGAAGAAGGCAAUACUCAAUUACAAAAGGUACUUUGAUCGUGUUUUGCUUAA